GAUUUGGUCACAGGAAAGGGAAGCACAUAGGCCACUAGCCUCUCUAGGCUCCUGUACUCAGAGAUAAAGUAAGGAUCUAUCUCUGCUGUACUGUACUCUUGUUUGAGAGUUGAGACCCUCCAACUUUGUCACUUGUUUACUGAGAAAUAAUUAUUCUAGGCUCAAGUGAAACAGUGUGCAUGCAUGACUCAGUGAGAGAAAUCUGUGAGCCAUCAGUAUAAAUAAUUGUCAUUUGAUACAUGAUUUGAGACCAAGAUCAAGCUCUCUUUACAGCUAGCUAGGUAACGAAGACAAUGGCUGUAAAUCCACAAGCUUUCGAGCAGUUCACUCUGAAACAAAUUCGCAUCACUGAGAAUGAGUUGGGACAUGGUUCCUAUGCUGUUGUCAUGGAGCUAGAGUAUCGAGGACUGAAAUGUGCCGGCAAGAAGCUUUACCGAGUUCUCUAUGAGACUGGAAUCGGACAUGCAGCACGAAGGUAUCUGGAGGAGUGUCAACUGCUCAGUCAAACUAGGCACCCAAACAUUGUCCAGUUUCUUGGAGUCUGUUUUGAGGAAGGCUCUCAGUUCCCCAUCCUAGUCAUGGAGUUCCUCCCCACCAACUUGACCAGCUGUCUCGAGCGCUACGGUAUUCUCCCCGAUGAGAUCAACUUCUCCAUCCUCCAUGACGUAUCACUGGGCCUGGUCUACCUCCAUGGCCAAACACCAGGCAUUGUGCACAGAGACCUCUCAGCCAACAAUGUUCUCUUGUCCACCAGCAUGACAGCCAAGAUAUCUGAUCUGGGGGUUGCUCGAAUAUUGAACCUAACCCCCCUUCAAGUGAGUCGAAUGACAGAGACCCCCGGCACCCCAGCGUACAUGCCCCCUGAAGUGAUGGUUGCCGACCCCCACUACAACACCAGUGUGGAUGUGUUCUCCUUUGGGAUCAUGAUGAUUCACACCUUCACAGCGGAGUGGCCACUACCUAGUAUCGGCCCCACCAGAAUCGAUCCUGCUAAUCCUGAAAGACUGAUACCAAUGACGGAAGCUGAACGACGUGAAGAAUUUCUUCGAAUGAUUUCCCCAAAUUACCCUCUAAUGGACCUCAUCAUUCGCUGUCUCAGCAACAACCCUCAGCAAAGGCCUAGAGCAGCGGAGAUAGUGGGUCGGAUGGUGCAUGUGGUACUUGAACACCCUCCCUCCUUUGAGAACAGAGUGGAGAUGCUCCAGCGAGUGAGUGCCCUACUGACAGAGAAGAGGGAGCUUGAGGAGGAGGUUGCGAGGAAGUACUCGGUAAUCCAGGAGAAAGCAAGAGAGAUUGAGGUACUGGCGGAGGAGAAAAGACGACAAGAGGAAAAAAGCGAAAACACUGUCGAGCGUAUGCAGUUGGUCCACUCAGUGGAAAUUAAGCAACUUUUAACUGAACGAAGUAUGGAGAUAGAAGGUCUCAGAGUUGAAUUGGAGCUCAAAGAAUCAUUGGCUGCCACAAAAGAUGCACUGGUGAAUUUUAAGGAUACUACCAUCUCUAGGUUAGAAACUCGAUGUAAGCAACUCACUGAAGAGGUGGAGCAACAAGUUGCAGACAAAAACUCUAUUAUCGCUCACAAAGAUUCGACUAUUGCUCACAAAGAUUUAAUGCUUGCCUCCAAGGACACCUCCCUUCAUAAGAAGGAAGCCGACAUUCAGAGUUUGAAUGACCAACUCACAAAAACUAGAGAUUACCUGACCAGCAAACCACAGUCCCUACAGGUUCAGUUGUCCUACAGUCAGUGCUCUGAGGCUCCAGUGGAGAUGUCUCGUGGGCGAGUGGUAACCAUCAAUGGAAAAGUCUACUAUGGUGGAGGAUUCUGUGAUGAUGAUGAUGACUUGUACUGUGUCCACUGUUACGAUCCGCCACAAGACGUCUGGACAACUCUGCCCAGACUUCCUGUACGCUAUUUUGGUCUAGGGGAGGUCAAAGGUGAACUGGUAGCAGUUGGCGGUAUGGAUUCAUCCAACGUAGUACAUGUGUUUAACGAAGGAAGGAACUGGAAACAGACAAUCCCACCUAUGCCCACAGCGAAGGAUUCACCAGCUGUCGUUAGUCUCCCAACACAUUUGGUCGUAGCAGGAGGUUUCUUGGACUCUGGUGGCCUCACUGAUAAUAUUGAGAUCUACAACAUCAGCACAUCCCAGUGGAGUGAGACAGACAGACUACCGUAUGCUUGUGCUGGCCAAAGAGGAAUUGUCUACAACAAUACAGUGUACCUAAUGGGGGGAUAUGGCUUCAAAAAUCUCAACAAGGUGUGUGCUGCUCAAGUCAACAAGCUCAUCUCAACAGACCGACAGGAUGAUGGGAGUGCCAACAAAGCCAACUCUGUCUGGAAUACAAUAUCCAACUCACCGUCUCAGCGGCCCUCCCCUGUAACGAUAUCCGACACCCUCUUUGCUGUUGGUGGGCUGAAUAGUGAUGAAGCCACUCAAAUGAUCUACGCCUACUCAUCCUCGAUGGACUCCUGGCUCUACAUUGAUGAUCUACCAUCUCCUAUAGUAGGCGCUGCCACUGUGUCACUGUCUCCAACUGAGUGCAUUGUGAUUGGGGGAAGUAACAAUGGAAAUCAAUCAACUGUGCAUAAAAUUAGUAUCUCAACAACUAUUUAUUGAUUGUUUAUUUUACUGUUAUAUAAUUAUGGCUCUCAUAUGCAGUAAUCAGCCCCUCCCCCUUAUAGACUAUUGCAAUGUCAGCAUAAACGACCCUCCUCCAGCUCAUGGACAGUUCUCUCUGAUGAAGACACUGUUCUCCUAGAUCCUGGUGUCCUGUGCUCUGUCAGCGUUGUUCUCCAGUGCUGCUGGUCCCCUAGAGGGACUCUACUGUGGCAUAGAGAGCUGCUAUGACGGUCAGUCCCUACACUCACUAUUGACGAGUGUGUGGGGUUGGAGAUUUAGAUUUGGCUAGCUAGUUCAAUGCAUGUAAAUCAUUUUAGAGCUGGUUAGAUAUGCAUGCUGAGAUGUUGUGAUUUAUAGAAACAGGUUUAUCAGUAUAAUUAUCUGUAUGAGCCGUUUCUACCUAUUAUUUAGGCCAAUAGAAUUGCACCUGACUAGCUGAUAAUUAUUCCUCGUCAGUCCCUAAAGAUGUCACAGCUGACACAUUUAUAGCUAGCGCUAGUCAGCCUAACUGUGGCUACUGUUAGCCAUGCAGUGAAGGAGCUAUAGUAAGUUGAGUUGACUGCACUAAGCUGUGCAACUUUUCCUUGUUCUUUUAGCAACGUAACUACUUAGUGACAGAACCUUAGCUAUAUCAUAGUAGCUAAACUAACACAAGCAUGACAAAUCGCUCUGUGUUAGACUAGCUACUUCACGACAAUCAGGAUUAUAUUUCCAAAUGAUACUCAUCAUCGAUCAGAGGGGCACUUUUUUAAGUUUUUGAGACGCAUGCAUAUGGCUCAAUAAGUUUCCCGGGAAACUUAUUAUCAAGUUCCCGGGGUAAAAGCAAAACACGGAUUGUUUCUGAGCUACCACAUAGAAUUAAUUGUAGAAGCAUCACGUGAACCACUUCCGUUGCCAAUCCCUCUCUACUCUAUCUAUGGUGGAGCUAUUGACUGUGCUCACACACUGUUGCUUGGUUACGGCUGAGAUGAGGAGAGCUUAUCGACACCUGGCACUGGAGUACCAUCCUGACAAGAACAAGGCUGAGGGCUCUAGGGAGAGGUUCCAGCUCAUCAGCACGGCCUACGAGAUACACUGAAGGAUGUUUAGGAGAGAGCGAGCAAACUAUGACUACAUGCUUGAGAACCCUGAGCAAGUAUCGUUCGUCACUAUUACUAUUACCGUCGUCGAGUGACCACCCAGGUGGACAUCCAAGUGGUUGUGGGUGUGGCCAUCAGCGUCAUCUCUCUGGUCCAGUACCUCGGCUGGUGGAACUCGUACAAUACAGCCAUCAGUGCAGCUCUCAGAAUACCAAGAGGAUUUUAGGUUGAUUGAUAAACAUUCAGACAGUAUCGUUCAGUGGAUAAGUAGUUGUUGAAGGAUGGUCAGAGACGGAAGGGCCUCUCAGGGAGGAAAUAAAGAACGAGGAAGAGACUGCUACGGAGAAUGGUGGAGGAGAAUCUCAAUAAUGUAACUAGCUACAAUUUAAUUAUCCCAAUACGAUAUUAAUUUUUGUACAAUAAGUACCAUGUCUCAGAAUGCCAAGGAAAUGGAAAUGUACUUUCAGUAUUGACUCAUGAAACUUAAUAAUUCGAUAAACAUUGUGUAGAGUUACAAAUGUGACUGACUAUAUAAUUUGUUCUGCGUUUUCAUUCUCUUUUUUCUGGCAGUAAAUCACAUCAUGCUAAUCAACAAA